GCCACGCGCCGCCCCCAAGUUUCUCCACCCUAACGCGUUUUCUUUAUAAACCGUCUUUCUUCAGUUUGCUGUUUCAGUUGCAGGUAAUUUAUCCAUAUCCUCUCUCUCCUCCGUUCCGAAAGAAUUAGGUAUUAAUUUAUUAAUUGAGUAUAGCAAAGAUGGUGUCAACUGAGUCAACUCGCGAAGAGAAUGUGUACAUGGCCAAGUUGGCCGAGCAGGCUGAGAGGUAUGAGGAAAUGGUGGAGUUCAUGGAGAAGGUUGCCAAGACGGUGGAUGUGGAUGAGCUAACUGUGGAGGAAAGGAACCUUCUUUCGGUGGCGUACAAGAAUGUGAUUGGUGCGAGGAGGGCUUCGUGGAGGAUCAUAUCUUCGAUUGAGCAGAAGGAGGAGAGCCGUGGUAAUGAGGACCUUGUUAAAACUAUUAAGGAAUAUAGGGGUAGAAUUGAGGCAGAGCUCAGCAAGAUAUGCGAUGGCAUAUUGAACCUUCUCGAGUCCCACCUGAUUCCCUCGGCUUCGACUGCUGAGUCCAAGGUGUUUUACUUGAAGAUGAAAGGCGAUUACCAUAGGUACCUUGCUGAGUUUAAGACCGGGGCUGAGAGGAAAGAAGCUGCUGAGAGCACUUUGUUGGCAUAUAAGUCUGCUCAGGAUAUUGCAUUGGGUGAACUGGCUCCAACCCACCCGAUUAGGCUCGGACUUGCCCUUAACUUUUCUGUGUUCUAUUACGAAAUCCUUAACUCACCUGACCGUGCCUGCAACCUUGCCAAGCAGGCCUUUGAUGAAGCCAUCUCGGAGCUAGACACACUUGGUGAAGAAUCUUACAAGGACAGCACAUUGAUCAUGCAACUUCUCAGAGACAACUUAACGCUGUGGACUUCUGAUACCGCGGAUGAUGCCGGGGACGAGAUCAAGGAAGCAUCAAAGCGGGAAUCAGGCGAGGGGCCGCAGUAAAUUUUAGCGCCAUUCUUUUGCACUCCCACAAUCUCUCUACGAUUAAUGUUAUGAAUUUAAGAAUGAUGGUUUGUGUACUCCUCUAUAGUGUUGUGUUUUUAAUACGAUACAGCCAGUAAUAUUCCUACUAUCAGGUGGUUGGGUUGAUGAAGUAGAUUAUUAUAUGUUAGUGGUUUAGCUUGUGUCUGUUACAGUGAUGGUAAUACCAAUGUUCUUCCCUCCUAUGUUGGGGAUUUGUGACUAUUAUUGAAAAAUUUUACAGUUUCUAAAGUAAUAUCAAUGAAUUUUACAGUAUCAAA